ACCACAUUCUACGACUGAUGCUUUGAAGAUAUUGACAUCGAGUCCCAUUCUAUCAACCUCUAACUGUGACUCUGUUUUGACUUGUGUCUUUCUUGACCACUACCAGGACUCUCGUUUUGUCUGUUUAUCUCAUGUAUCCCCGUCAGUCUUGAUUCAUUCUACGGAGACUGCAGCCACACAGAUCUUCAAGAUGGUGGCGCCCGGCGCUUCAUCAAUCUCAGUCACUGUUCGAGUCCGUCCAUUCACCAUCAGAGAAGCAGCUCAGCUCACCAAGUGCGACGAUACCACCAUAUUUCUUGGAGACGGUUCUCUUGCCGCAGCACCUGCCCCGAAACUCAGCCAAAAGGGCAUUCGAUCCGUCAUCAAAGUGGUCGACGACAAAUGCCUUGUAUUUGAUCCUCCCGAAGAUAAUCCCGUGCAGAAGUUCUCUCGAUCGGUAGUCCCAUCAGGAAAGCGAGUCAAAGACCAGACAUUCGGAUUCGAUAGAAUCUUUGAUGAAAAUGCCUCCCAGGCAGAAGUUUACGAGGCCUCGGCCAAGCCACUGCUGGACAGUGUUUUGGAUGGAUACAAUGCGACUGUCUUUGCCUAUGGUGCAACUGGCUGCGGCAAGACUCAUACCAUCACUGGAACGGUCCAGCAGCCGGGCGUCAUAUUUCUGACCAUGCAGGACUUAUUCGAAAGAGUGAGUGAAUCGUCUACGGACAAAGUGACCGAGAUCUCUCUGUCGUAUCUGGAAAUCUACAACGAGACCAUCCGAGAUCUGCUGGCCCCCAACAACUCCAAAACUGGAUUGAUGUUACGUGAGGAUGCCAACCAAGCUGUUUCGGUGGCAGGUCUCACCACUCAUCACCCUCAGAACGUACAAGAAGUCAUGGAUAUCAUCAUGCAAGGCAACGAACUGCGGACAAUGUCACCCACCGAGGCCAACGCAACCUCUUCCCGCUCACACGCUGUCCUUCAAAUCAAUGUAGCGUCCAAAGAUCGUAACGCCAGCGUGGAGGAACCACACACCAUGGCAACGCUGAGCAUCAUUGACUUGGCAGGCAGUGAACGCGCGAGUGCCACCAAGAAUCGAGGGGAGAGACUGUUGGAGGGUGCCAAUAUCAACAAAUCUCUCCUGGCACUUGGAAGCUGCAUAAACGCCUUGUGCGACCCACGCAAACGCAAUCACGUGCCGUACCGGAAUUCGAAAUUGACGAGAUUGUUGAAAUUCUCCUUGGGUGGCAAUUGCAAGACGGUCAUGAUUGUUUGCGUCAGUCCCUCCAGCACCCACUUUGACGAAACCCAGAAUACCCUUCGAUAUGCCAAUCGAGCCAAAAACAUCCAGACCAAGGUCACUCGGAACGUAUACAAUGUCAAUCGGCACGUCAAGGACUUCCUGGUCAAGAUUGAUGAGCAGAUGACCUUGAUCAACGAGCUCAAGGCUCAGCAAAAGGACUACGAAGCCCUGGCAUUUGCCAAAUUCAAAAAGCAGAAUGAGAAGAAGGAGGUCAUCACUCGAGAAGGGAUCCAGAGAGUGCGGGCAGCGUAUGACAAUUCUGCAACCGAACGACAGGAACGGACCAACAACAUGUUGAAGCUCAGACAGAUUGGCCGAAGAAUUGCAAUGCUCGCGUCGUGGAUUGCAGCAUUCGAGGCCGUGUGUGAGUCAACAGAAGACGAGGACCCAUUGCCAAAUAUGCAAGUUAUCAAGAAGACUGCGCGUGGAAUCAUGGUGGAACUCGAAACUGGUCGGCAUCAUUGCCAGCAAAAGAUUAUCAAGAGUGCCUGGGACAGAGGUAUGAACAGCGCGUUGGAUCACAGCCUACGGCAACUGAAAGAGGUUGACACCAGCGACAUGAUGGAUUCCGAGACACUUCGACGUGAAGUCGAAUUGCUCAAGACCACAGCCGAGAGAGAGGCUCUAGCAACUGUGUCGGAGCAGGACAAGUCUGGCGAUGCGCCGACCAUUCAAGUCCUUUUGCAUGCCCACUUUGAGACCAUUUCCGCGAUUGACAGCCUGAACAAGAUGAGCGUCGACGAAGCCGUAGAGGCUGCCAAUCAGAUUCUGGGCAAAAUGCUGGCUUCGGCCAGUGGUGCUGCCUCGUAUGUGGUCAAACCAGACGGUAGUCUGGCCCCUGCUGAGUCAUCUGCCCCAAGCAAAGCCGGCACUCCCAAACGCCGCAAGCAGACUUUCAAUACCUCGAUCCUCGAUAUCAGUCCCACACGGCCCAAGGCGCCAGCAGUCGCCCCUCCUCAUGUUUCAGGCUCUCCUCUGCGGCCAUCUCCACGAAGACGGGGUAUGGUUGGACCAGUGAAGAAAGGCCACUCCGUCUCUUUCACCCCCAAGAAGAGAAAGUCGCCUGUCAAGAAUGUUAGACGAGCUGUACGAUGGAAGGACGAUACCGAAGACGGUGCUUUGGCCGAGUUCGAGAAGACACCGCAGAAGUUCCACUCAUCGCCACCUGAAGAGUCAACUCUAGAGAUCACACUGCCCCAGGUGUCUGAUCUUGCAGCGUCACUGGCCCAACUCCAAACGACAUCACCCGAUUCUUCUCCCGUCCUCCCUCCGCCAGAGCCCAGUAUCAGUCUCACUUCGCAAGGCAGCCGAUUUCAGGCCGGAUUUCUAUCUAAGAAAUACGAUGGUUCGCCGUAUUCGUCAAAGAUGCCACCACCGAGAAUGACCCCACUUUCAUCAUCCUCAGACAGUGAGGUGUCACCCCUCAGAGAACUCAACCCUAGUCAGUCCUCUAACAGAGGCUCCCUGACGCCAGUGAGUUCGAACAAAAUCGAGUCCAAGUCGUGUGUCGAAGGAGACAAUGCGGAAUCAUCAGCAGCUUCGGGAUCCGAUACUGAAAAUCGAGAACGAAAGGACAGCGAAGAGGUCAUUUGCAUUCGAGACGCUGUCCGACGAUCGAGCUCAUUCCGACGAUCUGGGAUUAACAAUGCCAGAACACAGCGUCGUCGCUCGCCUACGGCCGCAACAGGCAUCUCGGUGUCCCCGACCAAUGAGCACUUGUUUGGACCAGGACAUGUUCGUCGAAUGGUACACGGCAAGACAGACAAGGAAAACGAUUGGAAAGUCGGAGUAUUGAGCCCACACGUGCAAGGGGUUGUCAGCCACGGCAAGAGUAUGAGUAUGAAUGGUGCUAGGAGGACCACGCUGAGCGGGAUGGACGUCCGAUCUACCCCUAGUGGCAAUGAUCGGACCGCGAGACUGAGCUCAAUAGCAGCAUCGCAUGGACAUUUGCAUUCAGGAUCUCGAGGCAGUCUGAUGCCUUCUGGAAAGGCAGUUUGGCGGUAGACAGAAUGUGCAAAAGCAUUGAGGGUGUUUGUGGGUCUGAUUUGGAAGUCUCUGGAGCCCGGUCAGGCUCUGGACCGUGUUGGGAGUUGGGACGGUCUGCUAUUGAUUCGCUUGCUGUCAAUGUCUGGCAUGACAGGAUAUGGAUUUUGUCAGGAGCCGGUUGUGAAGGGAUUCGAAUUGUGCUCAGUCAUAGUCGCUGGCAGGGCAGUUGUGUUGUUCACAAGUGGAGAGAGUUGCGUACCACUUUGCUAGGUGUAGGUGUAAUUCUGAUGUCUCCACCUCUUG